AGUGCCUUGGUGACGGUGCGCGACCUGGCCGCAGGGCCUGAACCAAGCGGCAUAGAGCCAAUCCCGGGGACCAUUGCGAGGCGCGGAAGAAUCUCACGCAGGCGCCUCCCCUUCCUGUGGCGGGGAGGUGACCCAACAUCUCCCUCCGCGCGGCAAGCGGGUGGCCUGGGCUCGGCGGCGGCAGCGAGGAGCGGAGGGAGCCGGGCCGGGCCGGCCGGGAGACCCUUCCCCCUCCCCCGGCGGCGGGAUGUUCAAGAACACGUUCCAGAGCGGCUUCCUCUCCGUGCUGUACAGCAUCGGCAGCAAGCCCCUGCAGAUCUGGGACAAGAAGGUGCCGGGGGCUGGGGCUGGGAUCGGGGGCACCGGGGAGCUCCGGGGGCUGGGCCUGGGGGGGACCGGGCCUGGGGACGCGGGGGCUGGGCCCCUGCAGAUCUGGGACAAGAAGGUGCGGAAUGGCCAUAUCAAAAGAAUCACCGAUAACGAUAUCCAGUCACUGGUGCUGGAGAUUGAAGGAACAAACGUCAGUACCACGUACAUCACCUGCCCUGCUGACCCAAAGAAGACACUGGGCAUCAAACUGCCCUUCCUGGUGAUGAUCAUUAAGAACCUAAAGAAAUACUUCACCUUUGAAGUGCAGGUCUUGGAUGAUAAGAACGUGCGCAGGCGCUUCCGGGCAAGUAACUACCAGAGCACAACCCGGGUGAAGCCCUUCAUCUGCACCAUGCCCAUGCGGCUGGAUGACGGCUGGAACCAAAUUCAGUUCAACCUGUCCGAUUUCACACGCCGCGCCUAUGGCACGAACUACAUCGAGACCCUAAGGGUCCAGAUCCAUGCGAACUGUCGCAUCCGGAGGGUGUAUUUCUCUGACAGACUCUACUCGGAGGAUGAGCUUCCAGCGGAGUUCAAGCUGUACCUCCCCGUUCAGAACAAGGCCAAGCAAUAAACUGCAUUGGAAAGAAACACGAGGAACGCGCCAUGGCUCGGUAUGAACAUGAAGGCAGGUGGAGGAGAAUGUCCUAAUGAAACACAAUUAGCUAAAUUCACUCUGCAUAGGGUAACUAUUGAAUAAUUUGGUAUCCCUUAUCUGGGCAGGACACAACUAACCAUGUAAUAAUACUGGAAUUGCAUUGUACACCCAUAGGUAGCACCGAAUCAGAGUAUUUAUCUGGCUGUUCCUAAAAGCGGAGUCUAAACACUGCGAGUGACGCGGUACCUAAUUUUUGCCUCGCUUGGGGAAAUUACCAAGUCAAUGAGAGUAGCGUGUCUGAAGAGAGGAUCUGGUGUGGAAUUACAGGGUUAAGUGUGCCCUCUCAAAGAUACCAAUGUGUUUUUCCUUUCCUGGUUUUCCAUCUUUAUUUUAUAUGUGCUCUAAAUAUGGAUGUAAUACUCACACUUUGAAAGUUAUUAAACAUUUGAUUCUGUUUGUAA